UCGCACCCCCCAUGCAAUCAUUAUCCGCUCCCUUUGUUUUGAAUAUUUCUCUUGCGCUUUCUCGAAACUCGAAACCCACCCAUUUUCUCAAAUUCAAUCCUCACCUAGAGAGACAGUCUGAGAGAGCUAAAAACUUUGAAGCUCUGAGAAUUGAAUUGAGACCAUGGCUUUUGCUCACUAUAUGCUAGCCGUUCCAGUUGAGUCCUCAAACCACCCCAAAAUCUCUGUGCUGAACUCAUCUUUUUCUCACUCUCACUCUCUCUGUUUUGCUUCUUCAUCGCACCGAUCCAAAUCUCCUAACCUUUCCAUCCUCCCCACCUUUCGUAAAAUCGGACAUAAAGCUAAGAGUAAGCCGCAAGAAUCUGAAGUCAAUUUAGCUGCUGAUGCCUUUACUAAUUUCAAGCAUCUUCUUCUGCCAAUCACUGAUCGGAAACCCUAUCUCUCCGAGGGUACAAGACAGGCUGUAGCAACUACUGCUGCUUUGGCAAAGAAGUAUGGAGCAGACAUCACAGUUGUUGUUAUUGAUGAAAGGCAGAAAGAAUCAUUGCCAGAGCAUGAGACCCAACUUUCUAGCAUCCGCUGGCAUCUCUCUGAAGGUGGGUUCGAGGAAUUUAAGUUGCUAGAGCGACUGGGGGAAGGGAACAAGUCGACAGCCAUCAUUGGAGAGGUUGCUGAUGAUCUGAAUCUGGAUUUAGUAGUUAUUAGCAUGGAAGCCAUUCAUUCCAAGCAUGUAGACGCAAACCUGCUGGCUGAGUUCAUUCCCUGCCCAGUCAUACUUUUGCCUCUGUAAAAUGUAGUGUUUCAAACCCUAGCAAUUGCUGAAGCUUGCGUCACAACUCACAAACGUCAAUUUUCUUCUGACAUGGAUUCUUUUGAAUAUCCAACUUGUUUAAAUUUUUCCAUUUAACUGUCUUGGAUCUUUUGCAAAUAGUCUCUCUUUUUCUACA